GCAUCACAUGAUUUUAUUUCCGCAACUCAUGAUGUCUCACUCAUUCAAAAUAGCACAGCGUAUACUCAGGGAAGUAAGAUCUGGAGCUGGAUGUGUCGAAGUACCCUACACACUGCAUGAAAAGGUGCAUUCAUUUAAUGUACUUAAACCAGACAACACGCCUCGUGUGAGGACUACUCAUGUCUCUGCUCAGAUUUGGCAGCAUACUGCUGCUGCUGCUGUUUGGACAAACACUUGGGGCACCUCGUUCAUUCAGUGUGGAUUACCAGAACAACUGCUUUCGGAGAGAUGGCCAAGAGUUUCGUUACAUAUCAGGAAGCAUCCAUUACAGCCGGAUCCCCAGAGUCUACUGGAAGGAUCGACUGCUCAAGAUGUACAUGGCAGGCCUGAAUGCCAUCCAGACGUACAUUCCCUGGAACUACCACGAGGAGUCUCCAGGCCGGUACAAUUUUGGUGGAGACAGAGAUGUGGAAUAUUUUCUUAAGCUGGCCCAAGACAUUGGUUUAGUGGUGAUCCUUCGGCCUGGACCCUACAUAUGUGGAGAGUGGGACAUGGGUGGGCUACCUGCCUGGCUUCUCAACAAGAAAGACAUUGUGCUGCGGUCCUCAGAUUCAGAUUACAUCGCAGCAGUAGAUAAGUGGAUGGGGAAGUUACUGCCGAUGAUGAAGCCUUACCUCUACCAGAACGGUGGUCCUAUCAUCACUGUACAGGUGGAGAAUGAAUAUGGCAGUUAUUUUGCAUGUGACUACAAUUACAUGCGCCACCUGAGCAAACUGUUCCGGUCUCACCUGGGUGAGGAGGUGGUGCUCUUCACCACAGAUGGAGCAGGGCUCAGCUACCUCAAGUGUGGCUCAAUACAAGGUCUCUAUGCCACUGUGGACUUUGGGCCAGGUGGAAAUGUAACAGCUGCCUUUGCUGCACAGAGACACAUUGAACCUCAUGGACCUUUGGUGAACUCUGAAUUUUACACUGGCUGGCUGGACCACUGGGGGGAACGUCACUCUGUCGUGUCAUCCGCCAUAGUGGCCAAGUCCCUCAACGAGAUGUUGGCGGUGGGAGCAAACGUCAACCUGUACAUGUUCAUAGGAGGAACAAACUUUGGAUACUGGAAUGGUGCCAACACGCCAUACAGCCCGCAGCCCACGAGCUACGACUACGACGCCCCGCUCACGGAAGCAGGAGACCUCACCGAGAAGUACUUUGCUAUUCGAGAGGUCAUCCAAAUGUACCAUAAGAUACCAGAGGGACCAAUACCACCCACAACUCCAAAGUAUGCAUAUGGGACUGUUGGGAUGAAAAAGCUCCAGACGAUAUCAGAUGCCUUAGAAACACUGUCUUUCUCUGGUCCCGUCAAAAGCAUGUAUCCUCAGACUUUCAUUGAACUGAACCAGGCCUUUGGUUAUGUGCUCUACAGAACUACACUGCCUGUUAACUGCAGCACACCAACUCCUCUGUCAUCUCCACUGAACGGGGUCCGUGACAGAGCCUAUGUGUCAGUGGACGGGGUGGCUAUGGGGAUUCUUGAAAGGAACAAAGCCAUAACUGUCAACGUGACUGGGACAGCUGGCAGUCAGGUGGAGAUACUGGUGGAGAAUAUGGGCCGAAUCAACUACGGAAAAGACAUCAACGACUUUAAGGGCCUAGUGUCCAGCCUGACUCUGGGGAAAGAUAUGCUAACCGGCUGGACCAUGUACAGCCUCAGUAUCGAUGAGGCGGUCAGUCAGGGCCUUCUCGGUGAAACGAAACCAACAGACCCACCUCAGCCUGCUGCUCUCUCCCUUCCAGCCUUCUACGAGGGAAGUUUCAUCAUUCCUGGCGGCAUCCCAGCCCUCCCCCAGGACACCUACAUCCAACUGCCCAAAUGGAGGAAGGGGCAAGUUUGGAUUAAUGGCUUCAACUUGGGACGUUACUGGCCAACCCGAGGCCCGCAGGUGACACUUUUUGUCCCUGCCAACAUCCUCAGCACAGCUGCACCCAACAAUGUGACUGUUCUGGAGCUGGAAGGGGCUCCCUGCAGCUCAGGGCCAUGUAGUGUAGAAUUUACUGCCACCCCCAUCCUGAAUGCAACAGUCCAGUCAAACUACAUACAGCACCGGCAUAGGCAGGCUAUGAGACAGUGGGAAGUAAAAGCCAAUGACUAAAUAUACCUGUACCUCAACAGGAUUUACAGCGCACAUACACACGAUUACUCAGCCCCUAUAAAGUCCCGUAGAUGAAGUCCUAUAGAUAAACUGAGGGGAUAAACAUUCAAUUCAAUUUAAUAAAAUUUUAUUUAUAGUAUCAAAUCAUAACAAAUGUUAUCUCAAGACACUUUACAGAGUAGGUCUAGACUACACUCUAUAAUUUACAAAGACCCAACAAUUCACUUAAAAUAUAUUAUGAUGGCUUCUUUCUUGUGACAUAUUUAACGUAAGUGUUUAGGCUAUUCCUUCAGUUUUUCAGUGGGACUUUUGGGGCUCUGUUAUUGACAUGAAUGACUGUGCCCUUUGACUAUACGACAGGAAAUGCAAAGUUCAUAACAGCGACUUCAUGCAGCAGCUCUGGCUUAGGGGCCCCUGGGCCUGGUGGCCCAUUUGGUCAUCCACCCAUGAGCACUAGGGUUGGGCAUCGAGAACCGAUUCCUAAUCGGAAUCGUUUAAAAAAAUUUCGUUCUUCGUUUUUUCGUUUCU